AUGGAGUCUACAGCUGAAUCCCAAGAAGCCCGUUUACCCUCAUCCCCAGCACCUGAACCUCAUUCCCAAUAUCAUGAUGAAACUAACCCAAGGCUUGAGAAGGUUCUAAAUGACACCAAUUUAGGCGACUUCAAGCGCCUCAUGCUGGCAUCCUGGAUUGAACUUAAACUCCUCCUCCGCUUGGCUGCACCAGCAGUUAUGGUUUACUUGAUCAACAGCUCCAUGUCCUUGUCCACAAGAAUUUUAGCCGGCCAUCUUGGCAAUCUUGAGCUUGCUGCUGCCUCACUUGGCAAUAGUGGUGUCCAACUCUUUGCCUAUGGCCUCAUGGGAAUAUGGACUGGAAUGAUAGGAGGAACAUUACUGCAAACCCUCAUCUUGAUUUGGGUAACAUUUCGCACCGACUGGAAUAAAGAGGUGGAGAAGGCUAAGAGUCGUUUGGACAAAUGGGAAGACAAGAAGGAACCACUUCUAAGAUAG